GCGCAGGAGGGAGCCGGCUGUCCCCGGUCCGGGUCCCCGCGGGAUGAUUGUGAUAUUAACAGGAUAAACUGUUAUUUAUGGAGGGGAAGCUGUAGCGGCGGGUCCCCAGGGCAGUGCUUCCCCCGCCGCCCUCACCCCGACUGCCACAGGCUUGAGCAGCGAAGUUCCUUGGAGACAGCCCGUAAUAAAAAACCGAACGAGUUUUCAGAAUGACUUCCUUGGCUGACAUGCCCCCAAAUUAUGAGACGAUGUUUGCUCAUCGAUUCACAUCGGAUGAUGAAGAAUACCAAGAAUAUCUAAAGCGCCCUGCAGACCCCCCUCCUAUCGUUGAAGAAUGGAGAAACAGAUCUGGCAACCAGAGAAACAGAGAUCGGUUUCAAGAUGGCAGAUAUUUUAGAGGGGACAGAUACAACUGGCAAGGUGACUACAGAUUUAAUCAGAGGCCAGAUAGAGGCUGGGGUAACAACUACCAGCAGCACAGACAAGGACAAUCCUACUCAUCCCACUAUGGACAAUAUGGCUACAAUUCCUACAACCCAGGGCCUCGUUACCAUCCCUACUGAUAUCCUUCUGGGUUGAAAGUCCAGUGAUGCUAUGUAACAAAUUCAGUUAGAUUUUAGUUUUCCUAUUUUUUCCACUGUUUUAUAGAUAACUGAAGAAUCAGUGUUACAGUGCAGUGCUGUUUUUCUGUAGUGUGAAAUGAAAAAGGGAACUCCUUUUAUGAAUAGUAAAAGCAUAUUAUAUGGAGUUUGUUUAGGGUCUGUAGACUUUAGAUUAAGUUUUUAAUUCCUUCUUUUGUCUGAAUAUAUUUGUGCACGUUUUUUCUUCCAUCACUGAGAUUUCUCUAUUACAUUUUAGAAACCAAAACAGGUGAGGGAAGGACAGAAUAGCUGUGGUUUGUAUGCAGCCUGGGGAAGUGGCACAUUGCCUUGAGAUAGCUCAUUUUGAAACUAACAUACUGUGUCUUUCUGUGCAGAGAAUUUAGUUUGGCUUGUGGCAUUGAGAAGCUCAGUUUGGUUUGAAUUUCAGAUGCCUUAAAACUGAGAAGAGAGAUCCUAUUACUGAAAUAUUUUAUGGGGUCGUCAUAAUGUCUGUUGACUCAAUGGCUUCAGUGCAUUUGCAGUAUUCCUCUCAAAACAUGGUCUAAAAGUUGGGUAAAAACUAGGUAGUUAAAUAUGUAUCUUCUUGUAGCAGUUCAGUGAUAUAUAAGUUUUACCUGAGAAAUAAUAUCAAACUUAGAUUAAUCUGUGUCAUCAUCAAAUAAAUUCGGUGUGUGCGUAACAAAUUUUGGAAUCCCCAUUUCAGUAAAGCUGUACAACUUCAAUGCUAUUGUUUGUAUUAAAUACUUUGUGCAUGUUAUAGAAAAAAAAACAACCUAUGAUCAGUACUGGUCUGUACUUUUUUCUGUAUGGGAAAAUAGCAUAAACAGUUCAGAGUGUUGCUCAGUUCUUAGAAUUUAAGAUUUAUGAGGUUUUUUAAGUCUUCACACAAUAAAAGUAUAGUUCACAUGUAAGAA